AUGGCUGGCGCUCCUAUAGAUGGUCCAGAGCUUGACCCUUGGCAGGACACCCGUCCUUCUUCUUCCGACGUCCUACCGAACGGAUCCAACCCUUCCGAGUCCGCAGACCCAGAGAAUGCAGCGCACGAGUCUGGAAGCGGCGAAGAUGAGAGCGAAAGCAGAGAGGAAGACGACGACGACGGUGACGAUGACGAUGAAGAAGUGGAGGACGACGAUGAGGAAGUGGAAGGGGAAGAAGAUGAAGGGGAGGGGGAUGAAGAGGAAGGUGAAGAUGAAUACGAAGAUGAAGAGGAGGAUGAACCGACUUUAAAAUAUGAGCGUAUGGGCGGGGCAAUUAACGACCUUCUCAAGAAAGACUCGGCUUCUGCUCUUGCGGUUUCGAAUAACCUUCUGGCACUUGGAACGCAUAAUGGUAUUGUUCACAUCGUCGAUUUAACGGGUAAACGUAUCAAGUCGUACAAACCUCAUCAAGCUUCAGUGAGUGAUGCAGAGUUUGACAGUACUGCGGACUUCGUAGCAACCGCCUCCAUCGAUGGACAGGUCGUUAUUCAAUCUCUCUUGACUCCUGAGUCAUACAUGUUCGACAUGAAGCGACCAAUUCGGACUGUAGCACUAGAACCUAAUUUUGCCAAGAAGAGUACUCGAUCGUUUGUGUGUGGAGGCAUGGCCGGGACACUGGUACUAAGAGAAAAGGGCUGGUUGGGGCAUAAGGAAACAAUUCUCCACUCUGGUGAAGGUCCAGUGUGGCAUGUACGAUGGCGGGAACGCUUAAUCGCAUGGGCGAAUGACUCGCAGGGCGUCAGGAUCUACGACACCCAGUCCCAGAUGCGUAUUACCUUCAUCGAGCGUCCAGCUGAUAGCCCCCGUGCGGACCUUUUCAAGUGCACUUUGCAUUGGCAAGAUGAUACGACUCUCCUGAUAGGAUGGGCGGACCACAUAAAGAUUGCGCGCAUUCGAGAACGACCUCCUACUGUGACCGCAUCAAGCAGCUCUAAUCAACAACCUCCUUUCAUUGUUGAGAUAACUGCCGCGUUCCAGCUUGAUUGCAUGAUCUCAGGGAUUGUAUCAAACUCACUCUCGAUGCCAAGAUCCCAGGGAUCCUCUAUGCAGGAUGACACGCUGCCAUCAUUUUUGAUAUUGGCCUAUCAAGCACCAGAUACAUAUGGCGACGAAAUGACUGAAGAUCGUUCCAGACAAGCUCGUAAAACAGCUGAGCGCCCUGAACUACGGAUAAUCUCUCACACAGGUGAAGAGCUAUCUGCCGAUGCGCUUGGUGUCACGAAUUAUCAAGCAUGGAGUUGCAACGACUAUGUAUUGGCGGAGGUCGACGGGUCGAAUUUGCCAGGGACAUCAGGAAGAUGCCAUAUCGUAAUUAGCCCCAAAGAUAUUGUCAUCGUGCGGCCCAGGGACAGGAAGGACCACAUCUUGUGGCUCGUAGAUCAUCAGCGAUAUGACGAAGCUCUUGAAGAAGCAGAGAAACUUGACGAGGGCGAAUGCUCUGCGGAUGGCGAGCAUUCUGAGAUCAGUCCUAUUGCUAUAGGAGAGCGAUAUAUCAGGCAUUUGGUGGCUGAAGGUAACUUUGGUAAGGCUGCAAGCCUUUGUCCAACGGUCUGUAGCACAGACGUCGAACGCUGGGAAAGUUGGAUAUUUGUUUUCGCACAAAGUCAGCAACUACAGACAAUUAUUCCUCAUGUCCCAACAGAGGCACCUCAACUUGACCACCUAGUCUACGAGAUGAUUCUUGCACACUUCCUUGUGCAUGAUAGGCAGUCUCUAAUGCGCACUAUCAUGGAGUGGCCGAAGUCGAUUUAUGAUGUAUCUACGGUCAUUGUUGCGGUGCAAGGGGAACUCGACCGAUCGCCGUCAUCAUCAACCACCUCGGGCAGCUUACCUGCACCAGACGCUGUCAUUCUUAUGGAAUGCUUAGCUGAGCUGUAUACUGCUAAUCGACAAUUCGGAAAAGCCCUCCCGUUUUUCCUCCGCCUCAGACGACAGAAUGUAUUCGAACUCAUCCGGGAGCAUAAUCUAUUCACCGAUGUGAAGGAUCAAGUGCUCUUGUUGAUCGAGUUUGAUCAGGAGCUCCUCGAAAGACGGAAACAGGAAGGCAUAGAAGGUGAAGCAACCUCCAGCGAAGCAAUCGCUCUACUGGUGGAUCAUAUCCAUUCUAUACCUAUUGUUCGCGUGGUUCAGCAGCUCCGUGAUCGCCCCUUCUAUCUAUUCCUUUACCUAGAUGCUUUGUUUAAAAAGGACUCCCAGCUUGGGUCUGAGUUCGCUGAUCUUCAGGUUACGCUGUUCGCGGAAUUUGCCACACAUCGCCUGAUUGAAUAUCUUCGGGCAAGCACUUCGUAUAAUCUUGAGGCGGCGUACAACGAGUGCAAGAACAGGGAUCUUGUAAAUGAGAUGGUGUUCUUACUUGGUCGCAUGGGCAACAACAAGAAGGCGUUAACGCUCAUUAUCGAGCGCCUAGGCGAUGUGCAUAUGGCCAUUGAAUUCGCUAAAGAACAAAGUGAUGACGACCUUUGGGAAGAUCUUCUCAAAUAUUCUGAAACACGUCCGACUUUCAUCCGCGGUCUCCUGGAGAAUGUCGGGGCUGAGAUUGACCCCAUCCGUCUGAUUCGUCGGAUCAAGAACGGGUUGGAAAUUCCUGGCCUUAAAGAAGCCUUGAUCAAGAUUCUUCAUGACUUCCAUCUUCAAAUCUCCCUUAUGGAGGGAUGUCAAACGAUUCUCAAUGGUGACAGCUCCGACCUUGCGAAGACGCGCUCAAAGGGCCAGAACAGUGGAUUCUUCAUGAAAGCAAGAACGAUCUGUGUGCUAUGUACGCAACCCCUACAACGAUCACCGCAAGACCUUCUUUUGCUAUUCUUAUGUCAUCACGUAGUUCAUGCCAGCUGCGUAGAUGGCAUGACAGACAUCUACAACCACGAGGAGCCCAGUGAAGGCAUAACUGUGCUCGCCAGUGGAGUAAGCGCAAAGAUUGCUUUUGCUUCUGUAAUACGGGCUAGAAUACAUCAGGGUUGUCCUGUUUGUCACCGAAAGAGCGAAGGAAAUCUAUUAUAA